GACGCCCUUGGCCACGCCCACCGUGACGCACCUGUCCUGUAGAAGGAAGCCGAAGUUCCGACGCUUCGUUGAAUUAAAGUGAGACCAAUGACUUAAAUGAAUACUUCGGCUUUGGUUUAAUCCCAUCUACGAGAUGAUGGUCAGAGAACACAUCGUCGUCGCUCUUUUGCUUCUCUUUUGCGCUGGUGGAAUAGACAACGCAGAUAUCACAAAUGGGAUUUCCAAGUAUUCCAUUGUGCGCCCCCAGCUCAUUCCUGCACAGAAAUCCAAUGACGAUGAGGACAUUUCAUAUGUGCUCCAAAUAGACAACGCGCCUCAGAUCCUUCAUCUAAAGAGGAACAGAGGCUUUGUACGUCCAGAUUUGUUCGCGGCUGAAAAUGGUAACCACACAGCGACACGUCGGAAACACGUGCAUUGUUAUUAUCAUGGAGAAGUGGAAGGAUAUGAGAACUCAGUGGUGGCGCUCAGCACUUGCUACGGUUUGAGGGGUGUGAUACUUUUCGCAAACGAGAGCUUCGCGCUUGAGCCUUUCCCUGACUCCGCCACCAACGAGCACCUCCUCUACCGUCUGUCUGACGUUCAGACCGGACCCGUUUCUUGCGGAGUCCUCCACGAGGAUACGGACACGCAAAGCCAUGAACCGUUCGAGGCUGAGGAAUCCAUGUCGGCUCUGCUGCUGCGGAAGAAACGCAAUCUGCCUCAGACCAGAUACGUGGAGUUGGUGUUGGUUGUGGAUAAUCUCCGGUAUCAAUUCAGGCAACAAAAUGAGACCCUGAUACGAGAUGAGAUGGUGGAAAUGGCCAACCUGCUCGACGGGUAUUACAGGCAGCUCAACAUCCGCAUCGUUCUCGUGGGCCUGGAGAUUUUUAGCGAAGCCAACCCCUUCGCGGUGGAGGGCUCUGCGAACGAUGUGCUGCGCAACUUCGUCAGGUGGAGGCGGUCCGACCUUUUGCAGAGGAACCGCCACGACGUGGCUCAGCUCCUAGUCGGUCGCUCAGGUGCGUUUCCAGGAGGUGUGCUGGGGAUUGCUUUUGUUGGUUCGGUGUGCUCCGACUCCACCUCUGGAGGAGUCUCAGCGUUUGGCGACGAGAGGCUGACUUUCGCCUCCACUGUGGUGGCCCACGAGAUGGGUCACAACCUGGGAAUGAGCCACGACAACACUCGCUGCGAGUGCAACGGAGGACCGUGCAUCAUGGCCGCCAGUGCCAGUGGUUCCACGAGUUUCAGCCGCUGCAGCGCCAGCGAUUUCGAGGCGCUGAUCCUCAGAGGGAGAGGUGUGUGUCUGAUCAACCAGCCCUCCAACCCAGACGUGUUUGGCAGCGCGUCGUGUGGCAACGGCUUGUUGGAAGAGGGCGAGGAGUGCGACUGCGGGACCACACUGGAAUGCCAGAAUGAAUGCUGCAUCGCCGCCACAUGCCGACUGACCACCGGGUCGUCCUGUGCUGAAGGGGAAUGUUGCAAUGACUGUCAGAUCAGAGUUUCGGGGACGUUGUGCAGAGGAGUGGGCAACUCUUGCGAUCUUCCGGAAUACUGCAACGGCAACAGCGCCUUCUGCCCCGAGGACUUCUACUUCAUGGACGGCCUGCCCUGCGAGGACAACGCCGCGUACUGCUUUGAGGGUCUCUGCCAGACGUACGACUCCCAGUGCAGACGUCUUUUUGAGCCAGAUCCGGCAACAAAGGCAGCAGACACUUGCUUCCUUAAUAUAAACACAAUGGGAACCCUUUUUGGGAACUGUGGAAUCGACAACAAUGGAGAUCUGAUCAGAUGUGCUGUGGAGGACGCCCUGUGCGGGAAGGUGCAGUGCACCGGCGUGGACGUCAACAACCCUCCUCCCGAUGCGCAAAUCAGCAUCCAAAUGAUAAACGGGUCCAUGUGCGUCAACGCCGACUUCAACCUGGGCCCGGACGUGCUGGAUCCUGCAUACGUCAAUUCCGGGAGUCCGUGCGCCGAAGGGAAAACCUGUAUGGAUUUCAGGUGCGUCAACGCCUCGGCUCUGCUGCCCGACUUGGACUGCGACAACGAGCGGACCUGCAACGGCCGCGGGGUGUGUAACAACCAAGGAAACUGUCACUGCGACGACGGCUGGAGACCACCGAACUGUGACAGGGCCGGGUCUGGGGGCAGCAUCGACAGCGGUCCCACCAAGAUAGACAACUCACUCAGGAACGGCCUGUUGAUCUUCUUCCUGCUCAUCGUACCCGUGCUGAUUCUGCUGGUUCUGCUGCUGCUCUACAUCUUCAGGAGAGACGCCUUCAAACCCUGCCUUCGACAACCCCGCCGUUCCAGGUCGCGUGAUGCCGGCGACGCAAAUAGACGUGCAAACGGCAAUACUGAGAGACACGCUACGACUCAUAUUUCUGGAGAUCUUCCCCCCCAGAGGCUCGACAAUCCACCGACCAACUCAGCUCCCAUCAGCGGGCACGGAGAUCUGGACUACUGGAACGAAGAGACAGGCCACAUCUCUGCGCCCGGGCGGGGACCCAGGCAGGGCCCCGGGGUACCCCGACCAAUCCCCAACUUGAAAUAACCCCCGUUUUUACACUUGGUAGCUUCUUCACAUGAUUCACAAUUUGGCGAGAGACUUUUUACACAACACAUUGGGUUAAUAACGCACAAUCGGUUUGCACAUCUUUUGAAGUUCACUGUUACGCAAGAAUAUGAAGUGUUUGUGAUAUUUAUUGGGAUGUAUGUUUUUACAUUUGCGGGGGGAAAGUGAAAUUUUAAAUGUAAUUAUUUUAUUGAUUUUGUGAAUUAAAGGUAGAAGGUAUUUUUGAUUAAUAACUGA